AUGGUUUUACCCACAUUAAAAAUGAUAAUGGAUAUUUCGUCGUCUUCUUCAAAUGGACUUUUGACUGACCAGGAAGAAAGUGACUUUGAAUAUGAAUUUCAUUUGUCUGAUGAUGAAGUUGAAGCUCCAGAUGACCUAUCAUCAGAUGAUGAUUCUGAAGGGGAGGGACCAAACCCUUUCGACGUUCCAUAUGAUGAAAAAUACGAUGUUGAUGAUCCUGGUGUUAAUGAACAACCUAGAGAAGGAAGAAAUAUUCCAGCCAUAAAUAGACCUGCUGCAGACUUCCACCGACCAAACGGCAGGUGGAAGAUUAACAAUCUUCCAGUAAAGUUUUUGAAAAGACCUUUGCAGAGCCGCCUUCCUGGCAAUAGGCUUACUUAUAGAGUGGGUGCGAUCUAUGGUGGAGAAGAUCUCACACAAGUCCAAGAGGUCGACUUUGAAUCAUGUGAUCAACUUUGCCCCCAUUGUCGGGGCAAGUAUUGGAAGGCAGAGUUGACACGUGAAAGGACCGAUCCGGGCCUAAAAUGUUGUACUUAUGGCAAAUUUAAGCUACCUGAGAGUGGAGUUCUUAGAAGACCUGAAGAGGAAAUUUACCAACUGUUGACGGGGACCACCGAAGAGGCAAAGAAGUUUCAAAAAUUAAUUCUAAAAUACAAUAAGCUCUUUGCAACGUGUUUCGUAGCUGGCGAGUUUCUAAACCUUGGUGCCCGACAGUAUGGCUUAUGGUCCCUCAAAGUGAAUGGUGAGGUGAAAUGGCACAACCAUGCCUAUAGGGACCCUGGUGAUGAAACUCGGCCACCAAACCACGGACAAGUUUACUUCCUGGACUACUCAAAUGAUAAUUCCGACGAAAUACUUGACCAACGCCGACAGGGCCUUUCUUACUUAGAGGGUGUGAGUAACGAAGUGCUGGCUGUUCUCGAAAGGUAUUUAAGGGCGCGCAAUCCUUUUAUAAAAGCGUUUAAAACGACGCGAGAAAUUCAACAACUAGAAGAAGACAAGGCCCGAGAUGAAGGCAGAGAAAUGGAUGAUGUUGUUUUGGUAAUUAAUCCAAAAGACCCUGGGACAAGGGUGACCAGAGUUGGAGACGAUUAUGUUGACCGUUUGUUAAGAGGCAACCAGUACUCUAUAACACCAGUCCCAGAUGGGAUUGGCGCUGUUUUCACAGGCAGGUUGCCACCAAUGUCUUAUGACUCUAUGUACUUCCCCAGGGAAAGAAGGGAACACGAGCAUGGGCCAGGUGCUAUGGUCCGCAGCAAAAGAACCAUGGACAUGCAAAUGUUUCCUUUGAUUCAUCUCCAUGGGGAAACAUCUCAUUUGGAAUUCAGAGAAGAAGAACGGCUCAAAAAACUUUACGCUCUUUAUAUUCUAAAUGCUGGGCUAAAGGUCCUUUAUGAUUGGCUCUCAUUCAGAGCCACUCACCAACAAGAGUUAAAAGCUGACAGCUACAAAUCUUUACAGAAAUUUAUCCAGGAGGAAGGAAUGCGUCAAAAUAAGCGGAUUGGCAGAAUAGACAUCUUGCCUCCAGGCAUUUAUGGUUCAGCAAGACAUAUGAAAGAUCUAUUUUAUGACGCUUUGGCCGUAUCACAGAAGCUUGGACACCCUUCUUGGAUGAUCACACUUACUUGCAAUAGGAAAUGGAAGGAGAUUGUUGACGAAUGUAAUAGAACGAAUACGGAUCCAAAUUUUAGAUAUGAUGUCAAAAACAGAGCGUUUGAAAUGAGGGCCACUCAGCUUUAUUCCGACUUAGUGCGGGAGCAAAUUUUUGGCAAAGUGGUUGGCGAGAUGAUAGUUCGUGAGUUUCAGGGAAGGGGCCUUACUCAUACUCAUGGACUUUACAUUAUGCGUCCAGAGGAUACCCCAACUUGCGCUGAAGAUAUCGACAAAAUAAUAUCUGCCUCCUUUCCAGAUGAAGAUCAAAAUCCAGAACUAUUUGAAUUGGUAAAAAGAUUUAUGGUGCAUGGCCCAUGUGAUUCCACAUCACCUUGCCAUAAAAAAAAUGGCAAGUGUAAGCAUGGCUUUCCCUUUGACUUUAGAGAUGCAACCGACAUCACAGGGAAAAGGCCUUUGUAUCGUCGCCCUAAUGAUGGACGUGGAUUUUUUAAAAGAAUAAAUGGUGUUGACGUCUUUGUUGACAACCGCUGGGUGAUUGAUCACAAUGUAGUGUUGUUGAUACGAUACAAGGGACACCUUAAUGUUAGGUACAGCUCAAUGGUUAACUAA